AUGGCGACUUCCAUUCCCGCCCUCUCCUCUCCAAGCCCCUCUAUUCUCAGACUCAAAAUUACUUCAUUUUCUCCUCUCAUCAUUCGACCACAUAAACAAACCAUUCAAUUUCGCUCUUCAACCAAAGUUCAAUUUUUGAACCCUAUACAACCUCACAAUUUCCCUGGGUCUUCCGGGAAAGCAGUUGGGUUUUUGUUUGAAAGAAGGUUAAGGGUUCGUGUGAGUGCAAAAAGUGAUGGCGUUGAUGAAGCUGAGGAAGAGACUGGAGGAGAAAGUACUAUGCCUGAGCGGUUCAGGUACUUGACCAAAGAAGCUCCUGAUCCUCCUGUGAGGUGGCCUUGGUUUGUAGCAUUGGUCUUCCUUAUUUAUGCAUGGAGAGCUGUCUUGCUGGAAUUAGCUAACUGGAGAAAGGCUGUACUGGCUGUUGUCCGUUUUGUGGGAUACCUCUUGAAACUUAUCUUGGCCCUAAUCUUCCAUUUCCUUGGUGAUCCCAUUACUUUCAUAAUCAGAUUCAUAGAAACAACAAUCUAUGCCCUUCGCUCUUUCUACUCUGGCAUAGUGGCAUAUGCUCCAAUUCCAGAAUUGACAACGGUUAUCAUGCUGGCAUCAACCGUCCUUGCUAUCGCAGAAGCUGUUGUUCCAAACUCUAUAAACUGUCAACCUUUUCUUCUCACAGCAUCUGGUGUAGUAGGCUAUGCAGCUGUGACAGGUUACAUCUCAGAGCCUUUCUUCUGGACGAUUCUAGUGGGGUUGUACGGUUACUCACGAUUUGUUAAAAAGAGGGAUGAUGUUACAUCUGCAUUGCCCGCAGCAGCUGUGCUGGCUGCUGUAGGAGAACCGUAUAUUAGAGUUUUGGUGAUCUCAUCAUAUCUCGCCUUAGCCAUUUUGCACCACACAAAGAAGCUUUCGGAAAGAAAGGAAGAAAUUGUAGUGACUAAUAGGAAGCUUCCAAUGCCCUUGCUCGGCGUAGCCUUAGCCAUCGGAAUUCAUCUUGCUGCUAAGUGGGCUGGGUACCGGCAUUUGACAUGGAUGAUAGUAUGA